AAUGAGAUAGAUGAGCUGAGGACGGAGAUGGACGAGAUGAGGGACAGUUUCUUCGAGGAGGACGCUUGUCAGCUUCAAGAAAUGCGCCACGAACUGGAGCGAGCCAACAAGAACUGCCGGAUCCUUCAGUACCGGCUGCGCAAGGCUGAGCGCAAGAGGCUCCGCUACGCCCAGACUGGCGAGAUCGACGGUGAACUCUUGCGCAGCAUGGAGCAGGAUCUCAAGGUUGCAAAAGAUGUAUCUGUGAGACUUCACCAUGAGUUAGAAAACGUGGAAGAAAAACGUACUGUAACAGAAGAUGAAAAUGAAAAAUUAAGACAGCAGCUUAUAGAAGUCGAAAUUGCCAAACAAGCUCUACAGAAUGAACUGGAAAAAAUGAAAGAGCUUGGUUUGGGCGCAAAAAUAUAUGGCAAGCAAAAGCUGGAAGUUCCAAAGAGUGCUGAAGUGCAGUUUGGUGACUGGGAAGCUGAGAACAAACUAAAAUAUUCAGUGUUUCCUAAGUGA